AUGAAGAACCAACUCCUCACCAUCCUCCUCCUCUCGCUCUCCGCCAGCAGCGUCCACGGCGCCGUAGCAGCAUGGGGCCAGUGCGGCGGCGUCACCUACAGCGGCGACACGACAUGCGUGAGCGGGUAUGCGUGCAUAAAGGUCAAUGAUUACUACUUCCAAUGCCAACCCGGCACGGCCACCGUCUCCGCCUCCACCGCCUCCACCACCACCACCGCCGUGACGCCCACGACGGCCACAACCACCGCCUCCGGCACAGCUCCCACCGGCACCGGCCAGCUGAUCCGCGGCGUCAGCACGCCCAUCUACCACUUGUACCUGCAGUCUCUCGGCGGCGUGCCCGUCAUGGCCGCCGAGGCCACCGCCGAGCGCUUCAUCAUCUCGGGCUCCAUCCAGGACACCACGUCCGGCUUGUAUCUCAACGUGGACGGCUCUGCGACAACGAGUUAUAAGGCGAUUUCGUUUGGUGCGACGGCGACGACGACGGGGUGGGGGUUGGAGGGCGAUACGAUCAUUACCACUAAUGCGAGUGUGUUUGGGAGACAGCUCAACUUCCUAGCAUGCGAGACGUCAACGUUGGGGGCGUAUAAGCUGUAUCUACAGACGGGGAGCGACACGCCGAGUGGUGAGACUUGCACGUCGCAGACGCUGCAUCUGCCGUGUUUGUGCUAG